AUGAAACGGGGGCCGCGCGGUCUUGGCUCCGCGCCCGGAGCGGCAUUUGGCUUCAGUGGCGCGUCGUCAGACAGCAGCUCCUUGACCUACCUGGCCGAACCUCCAUCCUUUACGGCGCUUUCGGACCCCAACGUCGUCGUGUCGCUCAAGAAUGUGCUGAAAAAGGAUAGCACUACCAAGGCGAAAGGCUUGGAACAUCUCAUUCACUACGCGCUAUCCCAUCCCUUUGAGCAGGACGGUGGGGUUGAGGAACCUCUUCUCCAUGUUUGGACUAGGAUCUACGCCCGCAUCUCGAUAGACAACUCGCGGCGUGUGCGGGAAUUGUCCCACGCCUUGCAGCUUGAGCUGCUCCGAUCCGCCCGCAAGCGCAUGGAACCCCAUAUCCCAAAGGUAGUUGGCCCGUGGAUCGCCGGCAUCUACGAUCGCGACCGAGCCGUGGCAAAGGCGGCAAACGACGGCCUCUUGUUCUUUCUAACCACCCCCGAGAAAUCCGCGGCCUUUUGGUCCAGAUGCCAGGCGCAAAUUCUGGACUUUGCCAUCGAGGCCAUCCGGGAGACCAAAGACACGCUGAGCGAUGAGAGAUCAACUUCGGCCCAAGACGCCGAAACCAAGUACUUUCGCGUCGUUAUUUCUAGUCUAUCAUUGGUCAUGGGAUUACUGCAACGAGUGGACCAAGCCUCCAUGGACAAAUUUGGCGCCAAAUACGACGAGUAUUUUGAGCAGGAGGCCGUUUGGAAGAGCAUCACCUCCUCUGAUUCGGGUGUCAGGAAAACUGCGUGCCACUUACUGUUCGCUUGUCUGGAUCGUCGGUUACCGUAUGGUCUUUCGACCAAGGCUAGGCAAGCCCUUGUGACGGGCGGUUUGAAAACCAGUCAGUCAGGAUCUGCAUUGGAAUAUGUGAGGGCUUUGACCAAGUUGACGCAACAGGAUGCCUCUAUCUGGACAUCGCCCUCCAAUGAUAGAAAGUCGCCUCUUGCUCGGCUUCAGGCAUUCAUUUCCAAGGGGUCUCAGGGGAGUCCGUCAAAGUACUGGGAAGUACUGGAUGAGCUUCUCACUCUGAUACCCGCUGAUACCCUUGGACUCGAAGCUGCUUCCAAGCUUGCGUCAUCGGUCAAGACCGGAAUCACCAAUCGCGAGGAGCCGCGCACAAACGCACCCUACUCGUGGAAAUGUUUCAUCAACGUUGCCCAAAGGUCUCUUAGCCAACUUCCCGACAACGCCACACUGGCCUUUGCGCGGGAGCAUUUGUUCCCCCUCCUGGAGCAGUUUUUGUUCCCAACCUCUGAAGGUAUCGGUAUCCACAUUAGUCCGAAUGCAAUGUCCGUUCUCGUCGAAGCACAUUCAGCAGCCAUCCACUCUUCUUCCGACGUUGUCCAGGCCUCGGCAGACGAAUGGGACCGACUUGGCGGGAUUCUGUGCGCGAAUACUACAGCCUCGCUUCCGGAGGUGUCCAAAGAAUACAAGUCUUCUCAAGAAGCCAUUGCGGAGCAAGGCAGGCGCUGGUUCGCUUUGGUUGGCGAGAUCUUCGCCAACCCUGCAACUCAUGGCCCCGACUUGACAGAUCAGACCGCCGCUCCUUCACAGAGAGUUAUUUCCCAAUGUUUGUCCCUGCUGGAAAACCGAAACAUGAAGCCUUUUGGAGCAGCCCAAAUUCUAGAGUACGCACUGAGCACGUCCCCGCACUUGUUCACAGGUGAUAGCGGUCGCCGCCUGGGCGUCUUUAUGCUCGGAGUUGCGGACUGUGGACUCGAAAGAGUGGCUACGUCAGCGUCUGCAAAACCUCUGCUUUCCUCUCUCCGCAUCUUCGGCUCUAUGGUUGGGCGGCAUGAAGAAUAUCAGAAAGUCUGGGGGGCGUGGGCGGAGGAGACUCUGAAACUGGCCGAUGGCCAAGUCCGCAAUGCCACACUCGCAGGCUUAUUGUCCCAGGAAGAGGCUGCACCAUUCGCCAUGGCCAACCAAUCUUUGCAGGACACCUUGUAUGCUCUUGCUCUCGCGACUGUCGCCAGAGAAUCCCAGGCGUGGAGUUUGCUGAACACGGCCCUUACCCAUGGAGCAUUGCGCAGCGACAUGUGCGGCAAAUUGGCAAACGAGCUCGUAGCCCGGCUGUCAAAGUCAAAGAGCCAUGCCGAGUCCGUACUGAGGAUGCUUGGAAUUGUCGCAGAAGCAAAUCCAGGCAUCUUAUCGUCUGACCCUGUCCGCACAGAGCUGGUCGCUCAGCUCCUGCAUCUCUCCGAACUCCACGAUUCGUCCAUCUCUCCCAGAGUUGCAACAAUCCGUGCUUUGCUGGACGGUCAAGCCCACGGCAGGCUCCCCAUUGUGGCAAUCAUUCGAUCUAACCUAGAACGGGCAGCACAGCAAUCACUCAGCCUGCAAACUCUGGUCUCACAAGCAAAGUCGGCCGUGGAAUCUGGCGCUGCGUCAUGGGAAGACGUGCUGCCCAAUACAAACAUCUGGAUGGAACACUUGACGCCGCUAUUGAACGCGCCAAUCAAUCCCUCCUUGUCCAUUACGAGCAGCUUGGGCGGAGCUAUUUCGCUGCACACUUCAACUGGGGACGAGGGAGUCCCGUUGAGCUGCCCACGGGACAGUGACGGACGAUCAAUACCUGUCAGAAUGGCCCUAUACACCAGCCAGUUGGUAAGGAACAGCUCGGAUGUCUUGUCGCUCCCCCGGCAGUUCCAAAUCGAACUUUUGUAUUCGCAGUGCCUUGCGGUACAACUUGCGUCCGACCAGAUUGCUUGCGACAGCCGCAAUGGCCUUUGGCUCACCCUAGCUCAUGCAGAUUCGUUCUUUGAAGUUGAACAAUUGGUCACUGCGUCGAGAGUAUUGCUAGAAGACUUCAUCUCCAAAGCCUCCGACUGGUCAUCCGCACAGUAUGCUGGGAACGAUCCACCGUCAGUUGUUCAGGGGCUUGUAGAGCUGGCUGUGAAGGAGGCAGGCGAGCUGUCUCCUCGAGGCGUAUACAGUGCCCGCGUCCUAAGCGAGCUGCUGCAGGCUCUCGUAAACGCCCACGGCAUGCCCAAAACCGUAGAAGAACGCUUCCUCAAGCUCGAGAAUCUGAAAGCCACAUCAGAGACUACCCUAUCAGCUGCCGGCCUGGUCGCCGGCCUCGGGGAAGCAGCCCAAUCAUCCGCGGCAGUGAGCAAUUUUUGCAACCGGCUCGUAAGUGAGGUUGCCGCAGCAGCCUCGCCAGAAGACCCCAAAGUCGAGCGGUUGCUGGUCCUUCUUCCCCUUGUCGCACAGACAUACCAGUCGACUGAGCUGCCCGUGGCCAAGAACCGCGUCGUCUUUGCUGUCCGACAGAUCACGUCCUGGCUCGAGGACGAUUCUGCACUAGACGACAACCUCUGCGCCUCCAUCUGCCGAGUCCUCAACUCCCUCCUGCCCUGUAUGAAGGACGUGUACGGAUCGUACUGGGAGAUUGUCUUGCGAUUCUGCGGGCAGCUCUGGGAGCGCGCCGCGCUGAGCGACGUGGAUACAGCUCUUCCAUCCAUCCAUGCAUCCGUCAAGCUGGCCAGGACUCUGGAAGGGAUCCCGGAGCCCAACGACGACCUUGAAGAUGCCCUCAAGGACUUUUCGCCUGCGAAAUCGCGCGGGUUGAUAGAGCUGCUCAGGAUCGAAAGGCGAUCCACUUCACGGCCGUUGGAAAUCGUCGACGGCAUGCUGUGUCGCGAGGUGGAGAAACUGCCCGUCAGCUCCAUCCCCAAGCCAGAGCAGCUUUUCAGCCUGGUGGCUUCGGAAUCCCACGCCGUCCAGACGGCUGCCUUUGGCCUUCUGCACAGGAAGAUUCCGGCAGAGCAAGGGCAGAGGUCGAUUGACGUGCUGCUGGACAAGACAACGGCGCGCCUGCCCGACGAACUGGUUUCCUUGCUCCUCGACCCUCCGACCCUGGAGGCCUUCCCGGACGAAUUGCUGUCCACUUUUCCCUCAUCCAUUCGCGGGUACUUGUUGUCCUGGAAACUGGUAUUCAGCGCCUACUCGUCCUCGUCAUUCAAGGUCCGCGAAGACUACACAGAGCAUCUCAAGACCGAGCAGCUUGUCCCUCCGUUGUUGGAUUUCAUGUUUGACGUUCUCGGUCACUCUGCAGCGCAUCCGCUGAACCUGGAUAAAGAAAACUUGUCCGUUCGGGAAAUUUGCGACUACGAUGUCAAGCUGGCUGAAGCAGAGACGGAGGAGCACAGCUUCCACUGGCUCCUGGUCCAUUUAUACUACCUCACGCUCAGGUUCAUCCCCAGUCUCUUCAGAGCAUGGUGCAUCAACUGCCGGUCCAAGCAGACCCGCAUCGCUGUGGAGUCAUGGACCACCAAGUAUUUCUCCCCCAUCAUCAUUAAAGAGACUCUCGACGGCGUUGAAAAGUGGGCUCAGGAGCAGGAGGCGCCGGCGCACGAUGAGCGAAAUCUCGUCGUCAAGGUGUCGCGUCCUGCAAAAGAGGUCACGGCAGGCUACGAGAUUGACGAAUCCCAGGCAACUGUUUCCGUCAAGAUUCCUCCCAGCUACCCGAUCGAGGGCGUCGUGGUGUCCAGUCUCAACAGGAUCGCUGUCCCGGACCGCACGUGGCAGAGUUGGAUAAUGUCCAUGCAGGGUUCCAUCACUCUCUAUAACGGCAGCAUCAUCGACGGCCUGCAGGUGUUCAAGAACAACGUCGUUGCCGCCCUGGCAGGGAAGAGCGAGUGUGCGAUUUGUUACAGCAUCAUUUCGUCGGAUAAGCGCAUGCCGGACAAGGCCUGUGGUACCUGCAAUCAGUUGUUCCACAGGACAUGUCUCUACCGCUGGUUCCAGAGCAGCAACCAAAAUACAUGCCCGUUGUGCAGGAACCCCAUAGGGUAUCUAGGGGCGGACACGGCGAAGAGACGGCAAGGUUAG